CGGCGCACGCGUCGUUUAUUCUUUUUGUGCCCUACUAGUGGUGUUCCCGUUCGUUUCUAAUGCCGGAUGAUCUCUUGACUUGCUGCAGUUUUUUCGGAACACGGAGAGGCAGCUUCUGAUCUCUCGCUUCUUCACCGUGUGAGAGGACCAGACGAGAUGUGUGCAUUCUUCUCCAGCGGAGCGAAAAUCAAGAACAGAGAAAGCGUUUUCUUUUUCAUGCUCGAAUCACAUUCAUGGAGUUAAGUAAGUUGUUUUCCGAACGAGUAGCGGGCAUCUUUCGAGCUCGACUGCGCUGAGAACUGCGGCAGGGGAAGGUAUGAAAUGUAAAAAUGUCUGGGUCUGGAAGAAUGCAACUCGUGAUGCUGCAUUUGGAUUCCAGAAAAGUCUGUAUUGCAUGAGCACCAAAAGGAAUGCAAUUUUUGCUACGCGGAGAGGGCAUUUGUCAUGCGGAAUUAGGCAUCAAGAAGCUCUCAAAAAAUCUGUAUUGCUAGGGUAUGCAUCACAGACAUCGUGACUCAUGCAAAACGUGCAUGACAAAUCUCGGAAUCUUCCAGCCCCAGACAUUUUUGCAUUUGAUAGAAGGAUACAAGACACCAUGUUCUCCAGUUACCAGGCAUCGCACGGCGCAGCGUCCAUUUGGGACACAUCGGUAUUAUGCAUGGAAAAUUUGAUGUGCUUAUUUGACGCAACUACGACUGAUGAACGGGAGUCAGUCAAUUUCAUACAUUCAAUUUUUCACUGUCGUACUAAUCGAAACAAAACCUGCAGCUCUACAGUGGCACGAGCGCACCGUCGAGCAGUGGAGGCGCUGCUGGUGGUACAAGAAAACCCUCAUCUUCUUCCUCCUCGACUAGACACAAAUUUAGCCCGGACUACCGGACGGCGCUCCGCUUUGCCCAGCACCCAAAUUACACCGGAGCGAUUGCUGAUGCCAAACUCGUCAGAGCAGUAGAUCCGGCGACGUUGCCAAAGUAAAGAACGCGUUGUUAUAGUACUCCACCUGGGUAGUGGUGUUUUUAGUUUCUCGGUUUUCGCGGGGCAUAUCCAUCCCUUGUUUGUUUCACAGUGUGUGUACCAGUAUAAUAGGCAAACAAAGUAGCACUAGCACCGCAGCGCAACAUCUUACAACAGGAAGCGUGCGCUGGCGAGUAGGCGGCCAGAACGCGCUCCGCGCGGGAAGUACGCCCAUUACCCACACGCGAACGAGCAUGGGCUGGUUCCUGGGGGUAUUUUUGGCUACAAGCCCGAUGCUAGCGUCCCAAAAGCCUGUCUGGUGGUAAACGAGCCGGAGAGUCCCAGAGGUAAAAACGUGUUUUCCGUUUUCGCGAUAAACAGCACACUUGAGAAGUUGCUUCUACGACAUCCACUUAGCGCACACGAUGUGAAGAACUGCUUUCAAAAAUACUGCAAACAGGCAAGCAUGCGCGCUUCGGGACGAAUCUUCCCAAAGAGGCCUGGCAAGCUUACAAAGACCGCGAAAAAAAUCCUCGUGGGCGGGCGGCGCGCUUUUCUGCUGAGCUUGAUCCCUUCCCUGGACGAUAUCCCACAGGUUUGACGCGGGAAGUAGAGUAGUUUCUUGACUGUGAUAAACACGUUUCGUUCUGCUUUUUGUUUUUGCAACUCCUUUGCGCGGGAGUGGAAACAAUCUUGGCGACGUUGACUUCUUGAACUUUCAGUUUCUGUUUCUUGCUCGGAUAAAGAACGAAAUACGUGAAUUCUAGCGCAGACGAGGACCACGAUAACGCUGGUUGAUUUGAAGUGUUAAGUAGGUAGAAAGGCGAUUCUCCAGAUAAAAUCGAGAAUCAGAUCCAUGUCGUGCAGGAGGAGAUCUUGGCGAAAUCACAAUGCAUCAGUCGUUGCAGG